AUGGUCGACAGAGCACACAAGCCUUCCGCCCUUUCUCCCAGCACAACCGGCCCCCAGCCUACUGUCCACUCGGAUGGCAACAAGGUGACGGCCAGCCUGCCCAGCGGCGACUCGGUUGAGGUCAUGCUGUACGGUGCUACCGUCAUCUCAUGGAAGAACAAUGGCCAGGAGAACAUGUGGCUGAGCUCCAACGCCAACAUGGAAGGCAAGAAGGCCAUCAGAGGCGGUGUCCCUGUCGUCUUUCCCAACUUCGGCCCUGCCCCCAAGAACCACGCCACUUCAGCUCUCCCUCAACACGGUUUCGCUCGCAUCUCCAACUGGGAGUACCUUGGCACCACUUCGUCAGAAUCUGGCAACCAGAAGGGCAGCGACGAUUCCAUCCGCCUCGACUUUGGCUUGACCCCCAACAACCUCAGCGAGGAGAUGAAGAAGGCUUGGCCCUACGACUUCAGCCUUCAGUACAGCGUCACUCUGUCUAAGGACGGUCUGCAGACCAUGCUGAGCGUCCGCAACGAGGGCGACAAGCCUUUCGACUUCCAGACCCUCUUCCACACCUACUUUGCCAUUCCUGACAUCUCCAAGGUCAAGGUCACCGGCCUCUCGGGCGUCAGAUACAUCGACAAGAUCCUCAACGCCACCGAGCACGACUCCAAGGGCAACGACCUCCGCAUCGAAAGCACCGUCGACCGCGUCUACAAGUCCUUCACCCAAGACACAACCUCCAUCCUCGUCGACGACAAGCCCCGCCUCGAUGUCAUCAGAGACAACAUGCAAGACACUGUCAUCUGGAACCCUUGGAGAGAAGGCGCCGAAGCCAUUGCCGACUUUGAGCCCAAGGAUGGUUACAAGAAGAUGAUUUGUGUCGAGGCUGGCGCUGUCAAUGGCUGGAUCACUCUCGAGGCUCAGGAUGGCUUUGAGGCUGGCCAGAUUCUCAAGAGCUAUCUGUAA